AAUGGGCGGGCAGUGCCAGAGUACCAGCACACAGACCCCACCUCCCAUGUGAGAGUUGCUGCUAAGUGUCACCGGUACCCUGUCACCUAUGGUUAUAGCAGUCUCCCGUACACACACAGCAGGACAGGCGCUGCGCCUGACUUCUCCCGAGCACCCCUAGCCAGCCCGAGCGCACAUGAUCACCAUCUUCUUCACCGCCCUUCCCGGGCUGCUGCUGCUCCCUCUCCUCAUCAGCUUCAUCUUCCCCUACAUCUUCCAGGACAUCGCCCACUUCAUCACCGUCCUGCGCUUCGGCAUCCGGAGCAGGCGCUAUGUCAGUAAGACCCCGGCGCACACCAUGCUGGACGUGUUCCUGGAGCAGGUGGAGAAGUGUCCGGACAAACCCUUCGUCAUCUACCAGGAGGAGGUGUACACUUACUCGGAGAUAGACCGGCUGAGUAACCAGGCGGCCAGAGCUCUGCGCAAGCACGCCGGGGUGAAGUCGGGGGACUGUGUGGCCAUAUUCAUGAGCAACUCGCCCGCCUACAUCUGGCUGUGGCUCGGGGUGGCCAAGCUGGGCUGCUCCCUAGCCUGCCUGAAUAACAACAUCCGAUCCAAGUCUUUCCUGCAUUGCUUCAGGUGUAGCGGGGCAAAGACCAUCCUCACAGAACCAGAGAUGAAGGAUGCCAUAGAGGAAGUUAUGCCAGAACUCCAUAAAGACAAUGUGAAUGUAUUUUAUUUAACGGAAACGCCCAUUGGCGAGGGGGCUGAAACCUUCCUGGACAAAGUUAAAGCUGCAUCAUGUGACUCCGUUCCAAAAUCUUUAAGGUCAUUUAUCAGUGGAGACUCUCUUGCAAUGUACAUCUACACAUCUGGAACCACAGGACUUCCAAAAGCAGCUGUUAUAAAUCAUAAACGCCUUUUGUUGGCUAGUGGCAUGUUUGAAUUAUGCAGCGUCAGGCCCCGAGAUAUUGUGUACAUUACCCUUCCAUUGUACCACAGCUCAGCUCUGUUGAUAGGAGUUCAUGGAUGUAUACUUAAAGGUGCCACUAUAGUCUUGCGUAAGAAGUUUUCAGCCAGCCAAUUUUGGGAUGAUUGCAGAAAAUAUAAUGUGACUGUUGUGCAAUACAUUGGGGAGGUGCUGCGAUACCUCUGCAAUGUCCCUAAGAGUGACGAUGAUGCCUCACAUAAUGUCAGAAUGGCCAUCGGGAACGGUCUGCGGACUGACGUCUGGAGUGAAUUUCUGAGGAGGUUUGGUGACAUUCAGAUGUACGAGUUUUAUGCAGCCACGGAAGGAAAUGUUGUCUUUGUGAAUCACACCAACACAGUUGGUGCAGUAGGAAGAGUCAAUUUUAUAACCAAGAAAUUUUUCCCUUUUGAAUUUAUUAAAUAUGAUAUUGAAAAGGAUGAGCCUGUCAGAGAUGCCAAAGGACGGUGCAUGAAGACACGGAAGGGGCAUCCUGGACUUCUUGUGAGCAAGAUCACAGCACUAUCUCCCUUUGGAGGCUAUGCAGGAGAUAGGUCUCACACAGAAAAUAAGAUACUGAGAGAUGUGUUCCGGAAAGGAGACAUGUACUUUAACACCGGUGAUAUAUUGAUGGUGGACCAGCAAAAGUUUGUUUAUUUUCAUGACCGUGUUGGUGAUACUUUCAGGUGGAAAGGAGAAAAUGUAGCCACUACAGAGGUUGCCGAUAUUUUGUGUCUUCUAACUUUUAUUGAAGAAGUGAAUGUAUACGGAGUACCUGUCCCAAAUCAAGAAGGCAGAAUAGGAAUGGCCACACUGAAACUUAGGGAGUAUGAGACCUUUGAUGGUAGAAAGUUGUAUGCACAUGUCCGAGACUUCCUACCAAACUAUGCAAGGCCGCGCUUUAUCAGGAUUCAGGAAGUGUUGGAGACCACAGGAACCUUUAAGCAGCGUAAAGUGGAGCUUGUAAAACAAGGGUUUGACCCUUCAACCAUCAUUGACCCCCUCUAUUUCCUGGAUGAGAGAGAAAAGAAAUAUGUUCCCAUGACUCAGACCAUUUAUGAAGAUAUAAAGAAUAAAAGAAUAAAACUGUGAGGCUCCGGAACACCUGUAAACUUUGGUUACUCUGCGUCCAUCUUAUCCAGGGUGUUGACAUUUCAGCUAGUUAAUAUUGCAUUAAAAGAGAUUGUUACUAUAA